CAUACAUGUACCUGCAUUUGCAGUUUGAUUAUGUUUAUGGCCUUACUCUCUGCACUGUACGCUACGUAUACGUUUAAAACGGAGUGUACAUUUAGUAUUAACUCUUUCAGAGACCUGCAGUGCAAUCAAACCAGUGAUAACCAACAGGCCAACAAAACACAUAGGAUAAUGGAAGUUCCUGUGGAAGUUCCCGUGGAAGUUCUACUAUAAGCUGAUUAUAAGAGUGAUAUAUCAUCAUGGGUGCUGGAGAAAGAGGGAGACGAGGUGGUGGAAGACGUCGACGACGACGUAGGGCACGGGCUGCAAGAACUAGGCAUAGACGUGUACAACAUCAUCGGCAUCACAACAGGAGACGUACUGGACAUGCUGGGAGAGUCUUCAAUGUAGGGCCUCAAGGUCAAAUAAUUCCAGGGGGACAACAAUGUAGUUUUUGCGUUUUGAUUCUCGUUUUCAUGAUUCUUUUUAUUAUAAUAGGAGGAAUUUUGACGGCGGUAGGAUGUGGAGGUGGUUCCCGUCUGGAUUUAUGUGUUGCGGGACCAAUUAUAUUAGCUAUUGGCUUACUAGGAUUAUUGGCUGGGAUAGCAUGGCGUAAAAAGCGUCAAAACAGUGUUCCUGAAAACGCUACAAAUGAGCCUUACGUGACAAAUACUACAAGUAACAAUAUCACAUUUUCUGCAGUAGAUCUAGAAGCAGGACAUGGAAUGUUUAAUACGCCCCCAUUACCACUGCGAUCACAAACAGUUUCAUACCAUGUUGAGCAACCAAGUGCGCCACCUUUUAUUGGUACUACAGAUAUUCACAGCAUUACCAAUUUACCCCCUCCUUCCUACGAUUCAGUCACUCAACAGCAGCUUAUAUUUCCUCCAUACAUCACCCAACCCACUCCAUCAUCCUUAAGUCAUCAAGGAAACAUGGGAAAUGACGCUACAGCAGGACCUUCUGAGAGUAACCCAACUGCUGGAUCACCCCCGCCACCAUCAUAUGACGAUGCUACAUGCGUAAAUACAGAAAGGUAUAAUAUGCCAAGUCAACAGGGUACAAACCUGUAAGUGGUGAAUGGUAGCCGAAACCUUGCAUCCAUCUCAUGUGUAUCAGAGUGUAUCCAGGAAAUGUCAUUCUUGUUGUCAUUGAAGUUAAGCCAUUUGGAGGUGUUGCGCCAUAUUUUGAUUAAUGCCUUGGUUACAUUUUCUCAGAUUCAUCGGCCGGCACCCUGUCGAUUGCAGUAUUUUGUUCA